UGGACGAAGCUUUCCAUUAACGGCAGGAGAAGCGGAGAAGGAGCACAGCGUCGGAGAUCUCCGCCGCCAUGGAGACACUGGCCAGCGCCAUGCGGCGGGAGAAUCGCCGCUCCAAGGCCCCGUCCUCCUCCUCCACCGCCGCCUCCGCCGGCGCCGGCGCCGCCUCUGGCAGGGCCCCGCUCGUUAUGGCCUUCCUCUCCUGCCUCGCCUGGCUCUACGUCGCCGGCCGGUUGUGGCAGGAUGCGCAGACCCGGGCGAUCCUGUCCGGCCUCCUCGAGAAGAACACCGGCAACUUCCCCAAGGUGCUUUCGGUGGAGGACAAGCUGAGGAAUCUCGGAUGCAAGGAGAUUGGGAGGAAGAUAGUUGAGGCGGAGAUGGACCUGACGAAGGCCAAGAGCGAGGGGUACUUGUGGGGUAACCGGACUGCUGCUAUAGACUCCGACGACAAGAAGAAGCUUCUUGCCGUCAUUGGAGUUUAUACUGGUUUUGGCUCCCGGCUCAAGAGGAACGUCUUCCGUGGCUCGUGGAUGCCAAGAGGUGAUGCUCUGAAGAAGCUUGAGGAAAAGGGUGUGGUUAUUCGUUUUGUUAUUGGUCGGAGUGCAAAUCGAGGUGACAGCUUGGACCGAAAUAUUGACGACGAAAACCGGCGUACAAAGGACUUUUUGAUUCUUGAAAGUCAUGAAGAGGCAGCAGAAGAGUUACCUAGCAAAGCUAAGUUUUUCUUCAGUGCUGCGGUUGAGACCUGGGAUGCAGAAUUCUAUGUCAAAGUGGACGAUAACAUUAAUCUUGACUUGGCUGGGUUGAUUGAGAUGCUUGAAGGCCGCCGAGGUAACGAAGGAUUGUACAUGGGUUGCAUGAAAUCAGGAGGUGUCGUCAGUGAAGAGGGCCAACAAUGGUAUGAACCCGAGUGGUGGAAAUUUGGAGAUUCGAAAACGUAUUUUCGCCAUGCUUCUGGUGCUUUGUUUAUUCUCUCAAACAAUUUGGCACGCUACAUUAACAUAAACAGUGCAUCCCUGCUGAGCUAUGCCCAUGACGACAUCUCAGUAGGUUCAUGGAUGAUGGGAGUGAAUGCAACUUAUGUUGACGAUGACCAGUUGUGCUGCAGCAGUUCUAGACAAGAGAAAGUCUGUUCCAAUGCUUGAGUUUGGCGGAAGGAGUGGUUCUGGCUGCUUAUCAUAACAAAGAAUCGCUGUACAUCUGGCAUUUUGUAUGCACUCUGCGCUUUUGUGAAUUGAAAAAGGCCCUGAUGGCAUUGUCUCGCUCUAUUAGAGUACCUAACAGAACUGAAGGAGAACAAGUUUUCGCAAUCGUGGAAGUCUUUUUGGGACUCCCCUGUGGAUUGACGUACCCACCCUGUU